AUUAAUUUAGUUGUUUUUUUUUUUCGUUAAAUUAGUUGUUGACUAGUUUGGUAUAAUCUAUUGUUAACUUAAUAAGGAAAGAGAGUCACAAAUAAGAAGGGAGCAUUGAUCUGGUGAAAUAAUAAAAGAACCGAAAAGAAACGUUGGUGUUAAGCAACGAUAAUCAAAUAUAACUCAUUAAUCAAAUGUAAUAACAGAAAAAAAUAAAAUUGCCACAAGUUAAAAUUCCAUUACCUUAAUGUUGCAAUUGUUUCGAGUGUUGUUGUGAAAGUGAAAUUAUUUUAGUGUUGUUGUUGUAAAUAUUUUGAUAAUUGAAAAAUAAUACCCAUUUCAAGUCUUGUGUGUGUUUUUCUUAUUAGAAUUACCAGCGAAAGAAGAAGAAAUUGUGUCUGAAAACAAAAGACUUAAGCCACAAACCUGUUGUCGAUGACGCUUCUUUUUUUCUUUUCUUUAAACAAAAAUGAGUCAAUAAAAACACAACUUCGCUGUGAAAAAAGAAGUGAUUUGGUUUUUUUGUAAAAUAUAAAAAAUUUAUAAAUUGAGAUUCAUGCCUACGUCAAGAGUUUGAGUUCGACUUCAUUACCAUGUUGCGGCUGCAUUCGUCAUGUUGGUCUGUGACCUUGGUGGUAUUCGGCUCGUUGUUGGUCUUAUUGACCACCUUAACACCAGCCGUUAAUUCCGUUUAUGUUUAUGGCGAACCAAAGUAUAAAUGUCCAGCCAGACCCAAACUCAUAUUUCCCUGUGUCUGCUUUAAUAACACCGACAUUGGUAUUUAUGUGAGAUGUGAUAACACUAAUCUGGCCACUUUGUCAGUGGCUAUGCAAAAUUUGGCUGCCCUGGAAUUACCCGUGGAAGAGUUGAUCAUCAAUAAAGGACAUUUUGAACGUCUUUUUGGUCCCUUGUUCUCCAAGGUUCAGGUGCGCAAGCUGACCAUAACGGAUACCCCAGUCAACACCUUGGAUGAUUAUGUAUUCUUUGGCAUCAACAAGACUUUGGAAGAGCUACAUAUUGUCAAUACGAAUUUGGGUAGCAUAACGCCAUUGUCUUUUGGGGUCCUUGGAAAACUAACCCAUUUGGAAAUUGAUAAACACAAUUUCACUACGCUGGCCAAGAAUUUAUUUGCCGAUCAAUAUAUUGCCAAUACGGUGACGGUGGUGAGGAUCAUUAAUGGCCCGCUAAAUGAUUUACCCAUUGAAACUUUUCAGCCCCUCCGCAAACUUAAGACCCUUGACUUGCAUGGCAAUCAGCUGGAAAACCUUAAACGGAAUCAAUUCAAAAAUCUAAGAGAGUUGGAAGUGUUGGAUAUAAGUUUUAAUAAAAUCAAAAAACUUGAAGGUCAACAUAUUCAGGAUCUGACCAAAUUGGGUUGGUGUAAUGCUUCGCAUAAUGCCUUGACAGAGCUGUCGCGUGGUGCCUUUGCCCGUAAUGCUGUGCUGAAGGUAUUGAAUUUGUCAUUUAAUAAAAUACAGAAAUUGGAUGCGAAUAGUUUUCGUGGAAUGCGAUUUUUGAGACGUUUGUAUUUGAGUGAUAAUCGCAUAUCGGAUGUGGGCAGAGGUACCUUUGGUGCGGUGGCCCGUAUUGGUACCAUUGAUUUGGCGCGCAAUGCUCUCAAGAAGGUGGACUAUCAAAUGUUUACCCAGCUGAAUUAUAUUGAGAUUUUAAACUUGGCUGAGAAUAACAUAACUUUGAUAGAGAAAAACUCAUUUAAGGAUAUUUACCAAUCGGUCAUAAAUAUUUCGCACAAUGCCCUAGAAACCAUCCAACCCAAAGCCUUUGAGAAUUGUGUGAAUAUUACGGUAUUGGAUUUGAGUUUUAAUCGUCUGAAGAAUUUCUCCAAGGGAGUUUUCGAUGAGACCACCUUUGCCACGGAAUUCCAGUUGAGUCAUAAUUUCUUCAGUGAUUUGAAGGAUGUCCCUCUCGAAUAUAUGAGUGCCCUCAAGGUUCUGAAUGUCUCGCACAACAAUAUUACAAUAGUUCCCAAGAAUACCUUCCCCAAGUUGUACGAACUACACACCAUCGACAUAUCGCACAACAACAUCAGUACCAUUUUCAAUGGUGUCUUCCAAACGCUCUUCUCGCUGCGUUUUGUCAAUUUGUCUCACAACAGCUUGACCGAAAUCAAAUCGUCAAUGUUCGGUACCAUUCCCACUCUCCUGGAAUUGGAUUUGAGUCACAAUCAAUUGACAAAUAUUGUUCGAGGAGCCUUGGUUAAGUUGGCCAGUAUGAGGUCGUUGAAUUUAUCGCAUAAUCGUUUGGAGAAACUUUUCCAAAUUUCCAUUUCACUCAAUGAGCUGCACAUAAGUCACAAUCGGAUAAGUAAGAUUGCCCCUGGGACAUGGCCGGUAAUGAAUUCCCUGCUCUAUUUGGAUUUAAGUCAUAAUCUGAUUGGGGACUCUUUGGAGGAGAGUAGUUUUAGAGGCCUCCUGGUGUUGCAGAGACUGCAUUUGGAGGGUAACGGCAUAACUCGGCCGCCGGUGGAAUGUUUGGCCGGCAUGUCCACGCUGCAGUAUUUGUAUUUACAGCACAACAACAUUACGGUUUUGGAAAAAAGUGCCUUUGGAAAAUUGCCGGUCCUCUUCGAGCUGAAUUUACACAACAACGGACUAACGGAAUUGACAAAACGCUCCUUUGAUGGCCUUUUGCAAUUGCUCAACUUGAACAUGUCCUCAAAUGGCCUAAAAACCAUACCCAAUGAGGUGUUCUUUGGCCUGCCAUCGUUGAGGAAAUUGGAUUUGUCCCACAACAAAAUCAGUAAAUUGGAUAAUAAGACUCAUGGUGUCCUGGAUGAUCUACUGAGUUUGGAGGAGCUCAACUUGAGUCACAACAAAAUCAGUUUUGUCACCAAAAAGACAUUCCCCGAAAAUCCCUACAUUCCAUAUAACCUCAAAUAUUUGGAUUUGUCCUACAAUCAAAUGCCAGUUCUGACCUAUGACAUUACGUUCGGAACGAAAAAGUUGCUGCGUUUAAAUUUAUCGCACAACAGCAUCAAUGAGCUACGUCGUGGUGUCCUGGGCAAUUUUACUCGUCUUCAAUAUUUGGAUCUCUCUAAUAAUGAGUUGUCUAAUUUACAAUCGGAGCCUCAUCUUUUUGAUUUGCCGAUGAAUUUAACGGAAAUCUAUUUACAAAAUAAUCAGUUAUACCGGCUCAAUUUUACCCAAUUUCUGAGGAAGGAGGAUCAGUUUAAAAUCAUUGAUUUGAGAAAUAACAGCUUGACGGAAUUUCCACUUUCAUUGGUGUGGAAUUUGAAAAAUGGCACAGAUGUCCGGUUCCAGGGAAAUCCGCUGCACUGCACCUGUGCUGCCAGGCCCAUUAAGCAUUAUACCCUGCAAUUGGCUGAGCUGACGGAAGACUUGAAAAAUGUAACCUGUGCAACGCCAGCUUUGAAUCGAAAUAAAUAUCUAAGUGAGGUGGAGGAUGAAACCCUGCAAUGUCCAGAGGCAGAUGAGCGGGAAAUGUACACCGGAUUGGAGUAUGACAAACUGUCCGAUGUUCGUUUCCGAGAUAUUGUGGUCCACAAUGGCAACAUCAGCGUCAUUUGGUUUGUGGUCACGUCCAGAGAUGUCGCUGAUUUUAUUGUCUUCAUACGCGAUCGCAAUAACAACAUUUUGUAUCGUGAAGAUUUUCUUUACAACAUUCGCAAGGCCGACAUUCCCGUAUCGCUGUUCAGUGAUAAUUUCGAGUUGUAUCGCGAGAUUUGUAUCAUUUCCAAGGAUAGCAAUGGUGAGACGGGCAAUUGGUUCCAUGCCCAGUGCAAUGAACUGCCACCACUGAAGGAAGAACGGCGUUUCUUCUUCUUUGCCUCAUCGCCGUCACGGGGUCGCGGAAUGAAAUCCCGUUCAGCAGCAUCACCGGCCAUGUGGCGCCCAAAUGUUCUGGUGAUGUUUGGCAACCUUUUGUUACUCAAAUUUGUGCUCAAAAUGUGGUUGAUAUAAUUGAGAGAAAAUUUUGAUUGUGAUAUUGAAAAAAUAAGUCAACACUGCCACUAAAAAAUAAGUACCUUCUUUUCUUUGAUAUUUUGUCUCCUUUCCUUUUUUCUUCAAUUAAAAAAAAUUGUUAAUCCAUAUUUAUUCUUUGUAAAUAUUUUUU